ACGCACAGCUCUGACGCUCUGACGCUCUGGAGCACUGAGUUCAGAUAAGGCUCCGGGUUUGACCUUGCUUCAUCUGCCACUUCUGCUGCAUCCCAAACUCCGUGAACAGGAUUGACACGCUGUCCUGAUAAAUCAUGUCUUCAGCCGCAGUGCCACAGACGUCCGGAUUAAGAAUAUCCAAAGAGCACUUGCUGGUGGCAGUCCCGGUGGCUCUUGUGGCUGGUGUGGGGGGGUUCUUGGUCAGUCAUUACCUGCAGAAGCGUUGCUGUAAAAAGGACCAGGUGAACAGAGCCAUUAACAAAGACAGUCCCAAAGUGGUGCACAGCUUUGACAUGGAGGACAUCGGCUCCAAGGCUGUGUACUGCCGCUGCUGGAAGUCCAAGAAGUUCCCAUACUGCGACGGGGCUCAUGCCAAACACAAUGAAGAAACUGGAGACAACGUUGGACCGCUCAUCAUCAAGAAAAAGGAAUCAUAGUUUAUUCAUUCGAUCAAAAACCACUAAAUGCCCUUAAAAAUACAGUGUUGCUUUUAGCAUUAGAGUAUCAAAAUCAAACCAAAAAGGUGUAUAUUUUUCAUCGCACUACAAAGAAAAUAUUGUGAACUUCUAGUUAUGUUAUGUCUGUCUGCUGAUGGGAAAAUAAAGAUGAGAAGAUGAGUUGACAAUCCUUCAGGUAACAUGGUUCAGGUGGGGGUUAGAACACAGUUAUGUACUCAUUUAAAUGGGCCUACAGAUAUCACUACACACCUUCUGUCAUAUUGUAUCUUUUAUGAUCUUAUUUGAAAAUUGUAAAAACUUUGAAGGUUUUUGACAGUUGUCAUAAUUCUCAACUCCAUUCAACGCUGCUUACUGUGUGUUCAAAUAUAAUUACUUAAUAAUAUAGAUGUUAUCUUGGUCUGUUGAUUUUUUGUUUUUGUUUGGUCACUGUAGCAUAUCUGCACUCUGAUGGACAUUUUUCAGAUUUCAUACCUGAUGCCCUACCUAACCCAUAUAUCUAUACAUGAUAGGUUUGAUUGGAUUGCAUUGCUGUACACACAUAAUGUUUACCUUGAUAAAUUGUGAAGUUAAAUCAAGUUUGCAUUAUUCAAACUGCUUGUUUUAAAAUGGUGAUUUGUAUCUGUGCUCGCUGUAGUCUGUAUCUGCUCUCUAAUGGCAGGUUUUAUGCCAGAUGCCCUACCUGACCAGACCCAUAUAUCCAUAUUUGGAUAGUUUUGCCAUACAGACUCAGAAUAUAUGCCUUAAUAAUAGUUAAAGAAUUAGAAACUUGAUUUACCUGCACAAACAGCUUGUUUAAAGAGGUAAUUUUACAUCAAACCAAUUGAAGCCCUAUUUUGACUCCAAUAAUGUGUUCAGUGUCUUUAUUUUAUUAAACCCUUCUAUUCGUUAACAUGUACUUAAGUUAAGGAACAGAUCCACGAAAUUGUAACGUACAUUGUCUUCUUUUUUUUUUAAGGAAAUGCUCAAAGCAAUCACUGACAACUUUCAGAAACAAGACAGUAUUGUCUCUCUCACAAAACAAUGGAGGACGUAUUCCUAAUAGACCAUGAUGUCAUUUUGCUCACUGGUUGUCACUAAUGAUUCAAGUCAAGAUUGUCUUCAGCUUCGUAAUGUGUUGAAAUUUUCCAUAUCAGGUACCAAACUUGACCAGGACUAAACUGAAGAGCACGUCACACUUGUCCUUGUUUAGUCCUGGAUUUAGCCCAGUUUAGUCCAGAUGUAGACUUGGUUUGGUCCUGUUUAAGUCCAUAAUUAGACCUUAUCCAGUCCGGGUAUAAUUUCUGGAUUAGUUCAGGUUUCAUCACAAUUUUGAUGUGAGGAUUAUGCAAAUGUGAACGCACCUAAGAAGGUCUAAACUAAAACCUAGCAUUGGUAUUAAAUGCUGACGGAAAAAUGCACAUUAUGGACCUUUGCAGAAUAUUUUUAGAACGGUGUUGAACUUCACUGGAAUUUGUACUAGACAACAUAAUAUUAAAGACAGCACUAUACCAUACUAUAUUCUACUAUUUCUGCACUGGGGAGAACUACAGUCUUGUAAAAAGUUAGAUUGUGAUUAAUGAGCAGGACUAAAACCAAAUUUAAAAAGCAGAAUGUAAAAACAAAGGACUAAGCUUAAUUGGUAAACUGUAUUUAUGUCCAAAGGUACACAAGUUGUUUUAAUAGUUACAUUUUACCCCUCACAAGCAUAAGGUACUUGGUCUAAACCAGUACUAAAUCUGGUCUUCAUGAUAUCUGAACCAGUACUGGGGCUCAAGAAUCAUUGCCCAUCACAUUAUUUUGUACAACUACCAAGUACUUUUCUGUGUAUCCCAAGCUAUCAGUGUAUAGGACGUCUAUGAGUUACUUAAGUCCCCAUAUAGUGUGACUGCUGCUUUACUUUUGAAUGUUAUCAUUGUGCACUCUGCUGGUUUGAGGAGUUGUUGGUGUUAAAUUGUAUAACGUUCUGUGAAAUAUAAAAUAAAUGCUUCCCUUUUCUCAG